CUCGUGGAUUCGUGUGAAAGGCAAUACCCAUUAUUACGUGAAAUGAACUAUGUUUUGAAACUAUAUUUUUUAAAUUCGCUUUCGUUCGAACAGUUAUUAAUCAUAUAGAACUGAAAACAACGUGAUUUUGAGUAGCGGUGCAUAACACACUAUUGUGUCUGCUGGUGAUAGCUUGAGUAAUGGACGAACACUUUUAUACCAUAUGGUCCAUCUGAUUACAAACAGACAAUAGAAAAUGAUCCGUGAUACAUACAAACCGUGAAAACCAUUUUCAAAAUGGACUGGAAUACAGGCGAUUUAAUUUGGUUCGACCCAGGAGUCGGCCACUGGCUACCUGGAGAAGUACUUGAGUGCCACAAAAGUGCCAAUGUUCUCACUGUUCAAGCAAUCAUCAGUGGAAAGCCACAAAACUUCGCCCUGGCAGAAGGAGAAGGCCAAGUUAGGCGACGCCAAGACCUGGGCGUCAAAGGUGUUGAAGACAUGAUCCAGCUAUCAGACCUUCACGAAGCAGCUCUCCUAUGGAAUCUUAAAUUACGUUACGACCAUGAUCUUAUUUAUACAUACGCCGGCUCGAUUUUGAUAGCAGUUAAUCCAUAUCGAAACUUCGAUGGAAGUUAUGGCUUGGAGACUGCACAAAGCUAUAGGGGUAGAAUGAUUGGAGAUUUACCGCCACAUAUAUUUGCACUAGGAUCUGCUGCCUAUUCAGCCCUGCCUGUACCUCAAGUGGUGGUCAUAAGCGGAGAGAGUGGCUCUGGUAAAACUGAAUCCACAAAACUGGUAAUGCAAUACUUAGCUGCGGUAGCUCCUUCAGCACCGAGAAGUCAAGCACUGGUUACGGAACAAAUUCUGGAAGCUACACCUCUUCUUGAAGCCUUCGGAAAUGCCAGGACUGCGAAAAACGACAACAGCUCCAGAUUUGGAAAAUAUUUGGAGGUUUACUUUAAACAUGGAUCGAUUAUAGGUGCCAAAGUAACAGAAUAUUUAUUAGAAAAGUCGAGGAUAGUCACACAAGCUCCAGGAGAGAGAAAUUAUCAUGUUUUUUAUGAGCUGUUAGGAGCACUAAGUUCUUCUGAAAAACAAAAAUAUGGACUAAUAGAUGCUGACAAAUAUUUCUACCUAAAUCAAGGUGGGGGAGAUUGUGGACCAGGUCAUUCAGGAUCUGGAGCUGACUGGAAUGCUCUUACAAGGGCCAUGCAAGUUUUGGGAAUUGGAGAGGCCGAACAAGAGGUAGUCAUCAAGAUUUUAGCUUCAGUGUUACAUUUAGGAAAUAUAUAUUUUCACAGGCGACAAUUAAGGCAUGGUCAGGAAGGCGUGGAAGUGGGCUCGGAAGUCGAAAUCAAGUGGGCUGCUCAUCUCCUGCAAAUUUCUUCUUCGGGAUUGCAACGAGCCUUGACGUCGAGGAUAACAGAGGCGAGAGCUGAGAGAGUUUAUUCAGCGUUAACGAUUGAUCAGGCGUUAGAUGCCAGAGACGCGUUUGCGAAAUCUUUGUAUUCGGUAUUGUUUAACUGGUUAGUUACACGUAUUAAUUCCAUAAUCCAAAAGGGAGGUCUACAUGACGCUGCAAGAAUAUCUCUAUUGGACAUUUUUGGUUUCGAAAACCUCAACGAAAAUUCUUUUGAGCAACUUUGCAUAAACUUUGCUUCGGAAUCUCUGCAACUAUAUUUCAACAAACACGUUUUCAAACUUGAACAACAAGAAUAUGCCAAGGAAAGACUGGAAUGGACUAAUUUAACAUGGACUGACAACAUACCAGUGAUACACUUAUUAGGAAAAAAACCUGUCGGUAUUCUACAUCUUCUGGACGAUGAAAGCAAUUUCCCGAAAGCAUCGGACUCUUCGUUUUUAGAAAAGUGUCACUACAAUCAUGCUCUAAAUGAGAACUAUUGUCGUCCUAGAGUAGGAGGAAGAGAAUUUGGAAUAAGGCAUUUUGCUGGGCAAGUUUGGUAUUCGGUGGAUGGAUUCCUGGACAAAAAUCGAGAUGCUUUAAGACCUGAUGUUAUAGAACUCAUAGCGUCAAGUAAAAAUGACUUAAUCAGUGCUAUUGCCAAACCAUUAUUACAUCACACUCAAACUAGGACUCUUCCCAGAGGAACUAAUGGCAGAUUUGUUACUAUGAAACCAAGAACACCAACUGUUGCUGCCAGGUUUAGCGAUAGUCUUCACACACUGCUAGAAUCAAUGUCGAGGUGUAACCCUUGGUUUAUAAGAUGUGUCAAACCCAACAACGACAAAGCGCCUAUGAGAUUUGACAUGCCAAUAGUUCUGGAACAGUUGAGAUAUACUGGAAUGCUAGACACGAUUAAAAUUAGACAAUCGGGUUAUCCGGUUAGGAUGAAGUUCCAUCAUUUUGUAGAUAGAUAUAGGUAUUUAUUGACCAGGAUUCCUAGAGGAGCUCCUUACAGAGACUUAUGUAGAGCCAUUUUAGACUUGAUACCUCCUACGGACACAGAGGGUCCAGAUUACCAACUAGGAGCUACAAGGGUUUUCUUGAGGGAGAGUCUUGAACGAAAAUUAGAAUCAACCAGAGGCGAGUCCCUAAAAGGGGCAGCAGUGAUGAUACAAAAGAACAUAAGAGGAUAUCUCGCACGAAAGAAAUACAAAAAGAUUAGAACCAACGCCAUUACUAUUCAAAAACACUGGAAAGGAUACAGUCAACGAAAACGAUAUCAAGCAGUUAAAAAAGGUGUCAUUAAAGCACAAGCAUACUACAGAGGUAGGCUCGAAAGAAAGAGAUUUGAAAAAAGGAAAGCUGAAUAUAGAAGAAAAGUCGAUGCUGAGAAAGUCGCCAAAGAAAGAGCCAAACAAAGAGCUGCCAGAGAAGCGCAGCUGCAAGCUCAAGCACAAGCGCAGGCGCAAAAACAAGCCGCAGCGGCUAAAGUAUCCAACGCCAAGGUCAACAUCAACCACCUAGAAAUUCCAGCAGAACUAGCUUUUAUAUUUUCUAAAUUGGAAAAUUAUACUCCCCCUCAUACGGAGAAAAGUCUUAUGAAGGUCUUGGGUGGUGUCACAGGAUCUCCUCAACCCUUGAUUCUGCCAUCUGAUUUAGAUCAAUUUGAGUUUUCUAAAUUCUCUUCAGUAUACUUUAAAGGUGCUGAUAUGAGAAUGAAAAAGGAGCCGAUUACGGUUCCAUUUCUAUCCAAAGCAGCAGCUAGGGACGAAGAUUUUCAAGAUGCAGUUGCUCUAUUCAAACUAAUACUGCGUUGGUCUAACGAUUCCCAUUUGCACGGAACUAAAGAAAAGGCUUUAGCUGAUUAUGUCGUUCACAAAGGCUUAUCAUCAAAAGGGCUGAGAGAUGAACUGUUGAUUCAGUUGUGCAAUCAGAUAUAUCAAAAUGAUAAUUCAGAGAGAAUUUGUCAACUGAUGGCUCAUUGUUUAAGUUGUUUCCAACCAAGUCCUUCGUUGCACAAAUACCUUCUAAAAUACGUCAGCGAUCAAGUUCCGGAUAAUAUAAAGGAAACCCUUCAAAGAAAAAUAACCAGAGGCGUGCAUAAGUCACCACAUGCAAGAACGUAUCCGCCAACUUUGCUCGAAUGGAGAAGCAUACGGCAGGGGUACAACACAGCUUUAACUUUAACACUUGCGGAUAAAACCAUUUCAACCGUUAAUGUGGAUUCUUGGACCACAUGUGAAGAAGUUGCAUCUUUAGCAGUCUCAUCGCUUGGAGGAAUUACAGAAGGUUGGACAGUAGUAAUGGACGAUUCUUCGAUUCUAACAGAAGGCAGUGGUCUAGACUAUGUAUUUGACUUAGUAUCUGAAUUAGAACUGUGCCCUGCUUUCCCCAUACCUAAAUCAACGAAACUCAAAUAUGGUUCUAAGCGACAAUCAAUUGUAGAACCAGAAAGCCAUAUCACCUCACACUCCCCUGCCAGACCUCAAGUUCCACCACCCGAACCACCAAUGAUGAAUAAGGAAAGAAAAAUUUCAUCCAACAGACACUCCACACCUAUACCAGUACAGCCACCAUCUAGAAGCGUCUCAAGAAAAUCGUCAAAAGAAAUUCAAGAAUUUUCUAGACCUUCUCACAGAGAAAUUCAGCCCAACGUAUCACCUUCAUCAAGAAAAACAUCUCAUGAAGCUUUAUCUAGAAAUUCAGCCUUAAAUGAAAGAUAUUUUGACAUUGAAAAAGUUAGAUCUAGAAGUUUGGAUAAUCUACUAAGUGAACCCGAACCAAGUCCGUUGGCAGAUCUGGGAUUAAGUCAAUCUUCUAAGCUUAACGAGAGAUAUCACUCAGUAGAACAACUUAGUUUAAUCAAACCAGUAAUUGCGAACCAGAACUAUCUUCCCAAACAAGAAGAAUUCGAAUACCCUGAUGUAUCUAGCGUGAGUACUUCACACAGAGGAGGUCCUAGGUAUAUUAAAUCAGCUUAUGCGGGUAAAAAAGCUCCUCCCGGCUCGCAUUCGAGCAAAGCUUAUAUUGAAAAAUCUGAGUUUAUUGGUAUAAGAAGCUCAGCUAUGUCAGAUACUAGCGAAGCUCCCAGUUUAGCCAGUCACGUAAGGAGGGUAAGAGUACCUAGCCAAGCUUCAGACGUGGAUCAAUUUUUGGACGAGUUAUUCAGUCCUGUUUUAGAUGGUAAUCUGGAUGAAUUAAGUGAUGCUAGAUCAGUUGCUGCAAGUGUAAAAGGAGGCACCUUUAACCAAUUACCUCGUUUAAGAGUAGAUGUUGAUCAGGUUGAGUGUGAUCAUGAAAUUUUAGAUAAAUUUUUAGACAACGUCUUGGAAAAUAUAGAAUGCAAUGAUGUUGGUAUGUCGAGAACCAGUAGCAUUGUAAAAAGAGUGAAAGGUGGAGGAGUCACAACAUGUGAAGAAUCAGAUAUUCAAAGGAAAAAUAGAAGCCUUGAUGACUUUAUAGAUAACGUUUUGGAUAACAUUGAAUUAGAAAAUGUGGAUAUGUCUGAAACAAAUAAAAUAAUGCCUAAAGUUAAAGGAGGCGGUGAAAAAUUAAAAAAGGAAAACAAAGAAAACAUUGUGCUAGAUAAAGAAGUUGAGAAUUUGACAAAUAUACCUAAUGGAAAUAAUGUUGAUGACUAUAUAAGUAAUCUUUUUAAUCCAAUAUUUAUUAACGACAGUGUAAAGGAUCUUACUGAAAAAAUGAAUUUAGUUGACAGCAUUAAAGGAGGAGGAACAACAAAAAGUGAUGCCAGCACUUCGAGUUUUACUCUACCAGCAAUUCCGCCUCCUAUGGUAAAUUCAUCAUUAAUGAUGCCUCUUCUCAGUCCAACACAAGAAGGUAUGAUGCCUCUUUUUAAUAUACCAGGUGUUGGCAUGAACGGAAUGCCUCAAAAUGGUACUGAUAUAUCAUCGUUCCAACAAAAUUUACAACGAGCUUUCUUGCAGUCUGCAAUGGCUCAAAAUAUUCAGAUCCAGCAACAACUUUUAGCCCAGAAUCAAGCUCUUCAACAAUUAUUAACUCAACAAAGCUCUUUAUCCAGUGAAGUUAAUGAGUCUGUAACAACUACAGUCAAAGCACAAGUGCAUCAAUCUAGCACCUUCACUACAGGGAAUAGAAAAUUAAGCUUCAAAUCAGGAAAUAAUAGAAAGUCUAGCUCUCCAAAUAUAGACUUUAAAUCCCGCAAAGCGAGCUUAGAAUCAACCAUCAGCGUAAUGAGUAAAAGUGGAAUACCUCCCCCACCACCUCCCCCAAUGCCUCCACCACUGGAAGCCACCGAUCCAAAUGAAGCAAGGCCAUUUUUGGAUCCAUACGGACGAGCAAAAACAGUUCGUAUAGGCAAAUGGAGGUGGCCACCACCAAAAGAUAGCACAAGUCAAGAGACUAGUGAGGAUUUUAUGCAUUUUAAAAUGAGGCAACACCAACGUAAAGUUACUCCAAAUAAAGACCAAUCAAUGACAGUAGUAAAUGGACAUAACGGACAUAGCCAUGGGAAAAAUGAUAAAAGUGCCGAAUGGGAAGAGAUCGAGUAUGAACCACUACCCAGAGAAACUGAAAAAACUAACAAAGCUAAUGGCAAAAGAGUGUUUGAAAUUGGAGCGGCAAGACCUUCACCUGGUUCAGUUGGUAAAUUGAAACUAAGUUCUGAAAUGAAGAAAAGGUUAGAAAUGGUAACAGCCAACCAUUCUGUUAGAUCUUCAAGUAGUACUGAUAAGCCUGCUAGAACUGUCAAUAAACUGGAGGAUACAAGAAAAAUGAUGCUGGAACAACAGCUUACCGGUAGGUGGGGUGACGAUUCAAGAGAUAAUAGUGGAAAAUCUAGUCCUGAGAGUCCCGUAAAUAAUGGUAAUAAGUCACCUACUUCUCAAAGUUGGGGUAGUUCGAACUGGAAACCAGGCCCUCCUCCUCCCCCAGUGGGUCCAACUUCUUUACCUCCAGCUCCUUCUGGUCCAGCACCUCCUCCACCAGUCAUCCGUCCUCAAAAUCAUGCGCCACAGGCAGAACCUAUCAGAGAGUCUUCCUUCAUGACUCAAAGACAAGAUAGGGAUACUUUUGGUGUUCACCAAAACUUGAUUAACCAGAAUAAUUCCAAGAGGAAUUCCUUUAGUACAAACUGGGAUGUUCAAAGUAAUAUAACGCACGAUACAACGGAUGAUGUUCAUGAGUGGACCAAAGAUAAAAGGGAAAAUCGCAGAGACAGUUGGGAUUUAGGAGAAACCACAACAAAUACUUCAAUAGAUGCCAAAUAUACAGUAGAUAUGUGGGAUAGAGAUGAAAUCAAAUUUGAGAAAACUAGAAAGUUUAGGAAAGUAUCAGAGCAAGAAUCCGUCGAACGACCUCCAACCUUCAAAACCCAUAUGCUGUCGAAAAGUGCUCAAGAACGGGAAAAGAAGCAUUCCACUGGAUCUGUGCAGCUAAUAGAUAAAAUUGAAAGAAAUGAAGUUCAUGAUUGGCCAGAAUUCAUGCGUCCUAUACAGACACCACCAUCAAAAUCACCAGUUACACCUCAACCUACCCCACCAGAGAAAGAAAAAUCUCCUAAAAUUGCAGCCCCGAGUCUGUUGCCACCAGGAACUACAGCUUGUGUUACUUACAACAGAGUACCAUGGGUUCUGAGAGUACGCAAAGAAGUAUUUGCUCCUUCGGAACCUCUUGGACACUUAACAACAAUGAACCUGAUAUUUUGCCAAGUCGCAAUGGAUGUGUAUGGGAUAACUCCGUGUAUAAGGUUGUCACAGACUGAAAAAAGAGCAGGUGUUAAUAUGUUAUCAGGAUACGGAGUAACUGCUGAAAACUUUAAUACGAAUCAUCGUGCCAAUGUCAAGAGGACUGUCAUAGAGUUGGCUAGGACGUGGCCAUUGUACUUUGCUAGAUUAUUUCCAGUUUCGGGUGCUGCUCAGCUAUCGGAUAUUCAGUUCGUAGCAGUAUCCCAUUGGGGCAUCCAUUUGGCCAAACGAGAACAAAACUCCCUUCAAGUGUUAAAAUCUUAUCCGCUAUCGGAGAUCUCCACAUGUACGGCUCCUCGCCCAACGAACAUAAUUCUAGAUGUGCCACAGGGUAAGCUGAACUUGUAUACUCCAAGAGCCCAGCAGCUUUCUGAGAUGGUUACUAAGUUCUGCGGAGAGCAUCGAAAGAUUCAAUCAAAAUCUCAUUGGGAAGUCUCAUCUCCACAGCGAACCCGUUCACCGCCUGUAGAUUCCUUUGAGAGCGUCAGUACAACUAACUUUAAUACCACAAGUACCAAAUCUAGGACUGUUGUUCAGGAAAGUUCUCCUAAGCAUCAUCCAAGGGACUCCAGAGGAGAUGGAGCUCAAUCACCAAGCAGUCCAACGCCCCCUUCGGGCAGAUAUUCUCUGUUGCAGUUUGCUAUGCAUAACUUCCGACAGUCUGCAGAAUUGGAAAACCUGAAAAUGGACUCUAUGGCAAAACCAAAAGACAAAAGAAAAGAAUGGACGUGGAAACAACACACUGAUCUAAUAAAAUGGCAGGGAGUCCCUAUUGACGGUUCAUUGUUGAGGCUAGAAGACCCGGAAUUAUCGGCAUUAUCCAUCGAAUGUUUCGAAUGUAUACUAAGGUACUGUGGAGAUCUGCCUUUAAUGCCAGAUAUGUCCGAAGUUAAAUGCGUCUACACAGUUUUAAUGCACUGCCACAAAUUCAUCCAACUUCGCGAUGAAGUCUACUGUCAGCUAAUGAAACAAACCACCAGCAACAAAUCACCGCAUCCAGAAUCAUGCCAACGAGCCUGGCGACUGCUAUCUAUAGUAGCAGCCUACUUUGCGUGCUCUGACGUUCUUCUUCCCUUCCUUAUGGAGCAUUUGACGAGUGCCGCUAAUGACCGGAGACGGAUCUGUCACGGAACUGCAGCUGUGUGUUUGUCUAAUCUAAGGAAGACCCAAAGAUGCGGUGGAAGAAAGAACGUGCCUUCGGUAGAAGAAGUGACGGCGGUCAGUGCUGGUAGGAGUGCUAGGAGACAAAUAUAUAGGUUACCAGGUGGUGCUGAAAGGGUUGUUAAUACAAGGUGUAGCACAGUGGUAGCUGACGUAAUCAGUGAGUUGUGCGGCCUCAUCGGCGUUACCAGUGAAGUAGAACAACAAGAGUUUAGUCUAUACUGCAUAGUACAAGGUGACGCGUUUACCAUGCCUUUGGCCGCUGAUGAAUAUAUCUUGGAUGUUACUACAGAACUACAUAAAGCUGCUCAACCAUUUUAUCUAAUAUUCUGCAGAUCGGUAUGGUACCAUCCCCUUAAACACGAUUCUAGUCCACUGUAUACAGAAGUUUUAUUCAAUCAAGUAGCGCCAGAUUAUUUAGAAGGUCUACUGCUCAGAUUAGGCAGCCCAAAUUUACCGUCUAGCAUAGUAAGAGAUAUGUCUUUAAUAGCCGCUUUGCUUCAUAGAGCUGCAGAUCUUGGCCACUCUCCAAAUCUGAAGGAAGUGAAGUUUUUAUUACCCAAACCAGUUUUGGCGCUUAGAGAACCGAGACCUGCUCAAUGGUUAGCUUUGGUGCAAACAUCAUGGGGACAAGCUGCAAAUCUUCCAGUCUCUACUGCUAAGUAUCGUGUGCUGCAGGUUCUGAGUAACUGGUCGCUUUUCGGCAGCUCCUUCUUUGCUGUCAAACGAGUCAUUGGUGAAAGCGAUAAUUCACAGGAGCACAUCUUAGCGCUAAAUAAGAAUGGAGUACAUUUCUUGGAUAUGAAUACUCACGAAACCAUUCACCACUGGCCUUAUGCGGAAGUUAUUAGCACAAGAAAGGUCAGAUCAGAAGAUGGGGCAUUAUUUUUGGACAUGAAAUGUGGUAACCUGCUGCAACAAAGAGUUACAAGGCUGCAAACUGAGCAAGCGCAUGAAAUAUCGAGACUCGUCAGACAAUACAUCAAUUUGGAACAGGAACAUAGUACGAGACUUCAUAGUUAAAAAAUUAGUUAAAAGUACAAUAUUUUUUAGUAAUAUGUUAAUAUUUAAAUAGUCCAUUUACCCACGGUAUUUGCUCCAAAUUUUAAAAAACCGCUUGGAUUGACAUGAAAUACGUACACAUGGCUGACAUGUCAAAGAAAAAAAAUAAUAUUGUGCCGAUGUGUGUUUUUGUUCUGCGGGUUAGUCAAAUCCCCCUUGUAGGGGGUGAAAAAUAUACGUUCAAAAUAAGUCCGAAAGUGGUACAUUGACCAAUUCUACAACAUUUCUUCUAGAAGGUUUUUCACUUAGUCAAUACUUUUCGAGAUAUUUGCUAGUGAAUACAAAUAUGUUCAUUUUUCAACACAAGAACCACGUUUUUCGACGGUUUUCCGUAAAUAACUCAAAAAGUAAAUAUUUUAUAAUAAAAAACUUUGUUACCAAAAAUAUAGCUUAUCUAUAAAAAAGGGAAAAAAUGGUUUGUCUGUGAGGUCUGUAGAUCCAGUAGAUGCAGAGUUGUAUAUAGGUAAUGAAAAAUAGGCUCUUAUUCGUCAAAUUCCAAAUCAAACAUUUCAACGUAAAAUAACCAAAAAAUUAAGCACUUUUCGGCGAGAACUCAUCAUAACUUUUUUAAAGUGUUUAGGAAAAGAUUUAUUUUUGUUUCUUAAAAAAGUUUCUAGCAUCAAAAGUAAGCAAUUUACGCUCAAAAUUGGUACGUUGAUCCCUUUUUUGUUAAAAAUAUCGUGAAAAUCAUUCCCUAAUUUACAUUCCAAAUGAAAUUAUUCGUUACUGCUUUACAAGUUACUUUACUUAUGUAUUGUAAUUUAUACAUGAUUUAUAAGUUUAAUUGUUUCAAAGUCAUAUUUUUGAAAAAAUUUGGUUUUAAAGUAAAGUUUUUUUAAUUUUGAAAAAAAAAAUGCAUGUUUUUUUUUAAAUAGGUACCCUAAAAUUUUUAUUGAGCUUUAUUUUAAGUGUAAUUUGCUUACUUGAUGCUAGAAUAUUUUUUAAAAAACAAGAAUAAACAUUAUUUUAAACACUCUAAAAAAGUUGUGAUAAGUGUUUCCCGAAAAGUGCUUCACUGUUUGGUUUUUUUUCACGUUAAAAUAUUCGAUUUGGAAUUUGACGAAACCUAUUUUUCAUUAGCUACAACUUUGCUUCCUCUGUAUCUACAGAUCUCAUACAUACACUAUUUUUUUCAUUUUUUUAUAAGCUAUAUUACUGAUAUGAAUAUUUUUUCGGUAAAAUACUUACGUUUUGAGUUAUUUGCGAAAAACCGUCUAAAACGUUUUUUCUUUGUUGAAAUAUGAACAACUCCACUCUCAAAUAUCUCGAAAAGUAAAUUUUUUUUACCGCCAAGAAGGGGUGAAAUUCACCCCUAGGACAAAAGCACACAUCGGCACAAUAUCACUUUUUGACAUCUUAGCUAUGUGUACGCCAAAUUUUAUGUCAAUCUAGGUAAUUCUUCAAAAUUCGGAGGAUUUGCAAUAUUUUACCGUGAGUAAAGGGACUAAAACAGGAUUUGAAGAAUGCGUCGUAAGCUCAAAUAUUAGUAACGAUUUAAAUAUACAGAGGUCAGUUAUGUACCGCUGAUUUAUUUUUAUAGUCAUCUAUUCAGUUAAAUUUGAAUAGUAUUCGAUAAAGUCAAAAUUUCUAAAAUCUUGGAAACGUAUCUAAAAGUAUACGUCCAGUAAUCAUAAAAAACGAAAUACUUUAUUUUCUAGUUUCAAUUAUUGUUGAAAUUAUAUUAUUUAAAGUUAAAUACCUUUAUUCAAAACAGCUCAUAUAUAUACAAACACAUUUUAUACCAAUUGAGGAAAAGAAAUUUGAAAUAAAUACUCAAAGAUGAUUGGACUUUUAUAAAUUUGUAAACCUUGAGGUAGCUUUUAAGAAAUUCUAAUUCAAUUAAACCCAAUUUGAUAGCAUCAAAUGUAGACAUACAUGAAAAACUUCCAAAACUAAUUACUAGAUAAUACAGUAAUGAGGGCGCUAAUAACCGGCAAAUUAGCACAAAAGAUAGAAAACGUAUUAAGUUGUGAGAUAAAAGAAAUGAAACUAGUCGAGCUGGGAAAUUUAGCGAUAUUAACCUAAAAAUUUACAUUAUAUUGAUUGUUUCCCACCUUUAGACGUAUCGGACGAGUUACCAUUGUCACAGUGACAGUUUUAAUUGACCUACUCAUCUGAUACGUGUAAAGGUGGGAAACAAUUAAUAUAAUGUGAAUUUAAAUGUUAAUAUCGCUAAAUUUCCCAGCUUGACUAGUUUCAUUUCUUUUUAUCUCACAACUUAAUAUGUUUUCCCUCUUUUGCGCUAUUUUGCCGGAUAUUAGCACGGUCAUCACUGUAUACUACUACUACAUGUCGGUUUAUAACGUUCCCCGCCAUUUUUCUUCCAAUCGCCACUUCAGCCGGUUGUUCCAUAGGUCCUCUUAUAUGUUUCUUUCUCUCAGCUCGUCGUCUAUUCCUUCCUUUUCUUCUGGUUGUCAUUUUAGUAUUUCCUUUGAUAUUCGUUGUUCAUGCAUUCUUUGUGUAUGUCCGAACCAGAUAAGUUGUUUUGUUGAUUAGUCAUCCGUGAUUGAUUGUUUGAUUCCCAUUAUUUUUCUAACGCGUUCGUUGGUAAUCCUUUCUCUCCCAGAUCUUGCUGCUACUCUCCUCCAAAAAUCUAUUUCCGUUACUCGCAGCGUUGCCAGUAUUCUUUAUUUCAGUGACCAAACCUUGCAACUGUAGAUAAAUUGGUACUUUUCACUGUAGACUCACAUAUCCUCUUUUAAUUUUCUUUGUUGGUGUAUUGGUCCCAUAAAAUACUGUUUAACAUUGUGAUGGUUUUUCUACCUGCCGUAUUUCUUUCUCAUAUGACUUUGUCUAAUGUUCCAUCGUGCGAAAGAUUGAUACCUAAUUUAUAUCCUUUAUCGUGGUUAUGUCGAAGAAUAUGUUUAUCGUCUAAUUUAGAUUCUGAUAGUAUAUACGUGAUAUUUUGGUACAGUGCUUUGUUAAAUGCGUUGUCUAAAUCAAUAAGAUACUCGUACUCGUAAAACAUAGGCGUACCAGAACAACAUCAAUACAGGUCACUGACUGUGACCUAAGCAUUCUUGUCUGUAGUCAUUUCAAUUGUGUAAAUAAGCAAAUGGUUAGAUUCAAUUUGUAUGUCCGAAAUGUCUACCUGGCUCAUUCUUUGAGAAUGAUUAGACCAUAAGACUCUUAUGGUUUACGUUUUAUGCUAUGAUUUUUUUUACAAACAAUUUCACAUGUUUUUUUUUAAUUCAAUUAGGAAUGCCUUCUUCUUCUUCAUGUGACAUCUCCUCUAAGAAGGUCGGCAAUCAUCUUGGCAAUUUGCACUUUCGAUACCGCUGCUCUAAGGAGAUCAGUAGAAGUGCAGUUAAACCAAAGCUUGAGAAGGUCGAGACCCUUUAAGGGCUGCUAUGUUAAUGUUGAUGAUGCUAAUGAUGACGAUUGAAGAACAUUUAGGUUGCACUAGUAUAUAGAAGGAAGGAGAAGGCUUAAUAAAAAUAUUUAGUAAAAUCUAUUAUCAUUCUUCAGUAGUUUCUUGAAUGUGGUUGGUUAAUAUUUGAGGUUGGUUAAUAUAUUAUAUUAAUUUGAGUUUUAAUGGUUUAAUGGUUGGAAGUAAACAAAUUAAGCCUUUAUAUUACAUAUUUGUUUUCUUGUAUGUCUAUCUUUAAAUGUUAUACUCGUAUCUCAAAGGCAGCAAUUUUAUAUUUACAAUCCAAUCUCAACAAUAUGUAAAGGUUAUAUUUGAGAAAAAGUUAAAUGUUUAUGUUAUAUGUUACGUGUUAAAUAUUUAUUUCAUAAUUAUAUAAAGUAUAAGUCACCAUGUAAAAUACUAAUGUUCUGUUAGGAAAUGAUAUUAUUUUAAGAUACCUAUGAAAAGUAUAUUCUGACAAUUAUUCGUAUCAAACAUUUGUCUUAGGUUCAUGUAUUGUAUGAUACAGUUUAAUAACAUCAAAAUUUGUACAACCAUAGAUCCAUUUUGAUUAAUCUGAUUUAUAGUUUAGAUAGAUAGGAGAUUCUAUUUGUUUUUUUUUCGAUAAUACUUUUGUAAUUAUUGUUUUUCUAUUUUAAAAUUUGUUACAUAUUUCCCCCGUAGUGGUGUAAGAAAAUAAGCAAUAAAAAUAUUUUAUAAUC